AUGCAUCGUCAAUUCGGCUCCUCCGGCAGAAACAAGUCACCCCGGAAAGACAACGACAUGCUCAGUCCUAGCGGCGCGUCGUACUUUGCUUCACCGUCAAGCCAUGGCUUCUCGUCGGCCAAUAUUUUCCCAUCCAACUCGUCUGAAUACACCAGCAGGGGCCAGGAACAGGUUCCUAGUGCUCCGCCCCCUUACUCGGAAAUCUCAAGGGACGCUCCAAUGACACCCGCGACCAAGGUUACGCCGACGCCCUCGACACAGAAUAUUGAUUCUGACGACUCCAAAUUUUCCUGGCUAGGGAAAUUCGACACCAUCUUCCUCGUGGAUGACAGCGGGAGCAUGAUAGGGGAACGCUGGAGACAGACAGGAGCGGCGAUUUCUGCCAUCGCUCCGAUUUGCACGAAAUACGACCCGGAUGGAAUCGACAUUUACUUUCUGAACCAUCGCAACUGGAGCCAUCCAUCUAGUGGCUAUCUCAAUGUCAAAUCCGCCAGCGACGUGGAAAAGAUCUUUAGCUCAGUGCAACCAGGGGGAGGCACGUUUGUUGGUGAGCGGCUUCGAAAUAUUUUGUUUCCGUACCUGGAACGUGUCAAGACGAUGACACAAGCAGAGAAGGAUAGUUUUGGAAACCUGAAAGAUCCCAGCCUGGACGUCCGUCCGAUCGUAAUCAUCUCCAUCACAGAUGGGGAUUUUAAGGAUGACGUAACGACCGUCGUUAAAAAUGCGGCUAUGGAUUUAGGCGAGUACAAGGCGAAAGGAAAUCAGGUGGGAAUCCAAUUCGUCCAGGUUGGCAACGACUCUAGUGCUCGGCGCGCUCUUAAGGCACUCGACGAUGAACUAGCCAAGACGCCGAAGGGUGAGAAGAAGAUCCGAGAUAUUGUCGACACGGUGCCGUGGAAGCAAUCUUCGAAAGAGCAUUUUAACGGGGAUUACCUGCUGAAAAUCGUGCUGGGCGCAGUGAACAAGUCUCUUGAUAACCAAGAGGUUGGCCGCCAAAAGGGCCGAUUGUUGUCUAGGGUGUUCGGACUAGCCUGA